CUAUAAGACGCAGGAAAGUUCCCAUGUUGAUUCUUUUCCUAGCCAAGCAAGUAGUUCACUUGUCGCCUGGAACUUAGCCACAAGCAAUAUAUUAUCACAAUGCAUGCAUCAGCGUACUUCGCCCUUCAAACCAUAGCUACCCUAGGCACCCUCCCAGCUAUCUUUGCCAAAAAUGUAGUCCUUCCAAUCCCUGGAGGACCCCUCCAACUGGGCACUGCUACCGCCGUACUGACUGAUCACUCUCGCCCGAGCUGGGCAAACGACACCAGGCCCCGCGCCCUGCCCAUAUCAGUAUUCUAUCCUGUCGGCUACGCUCCCUGCUCCGGCGGAUAUCUCUCCGAAUAUGUCCCCCAAAUCGUCUCCGACUUUGAAAACAAAUAUUUCGAGCUCUACGGCGUCCUAGCAAAAAUUGACUAUGCUGCUUUCAAGAGCCAGAUGUAUCACACAUGCUCUGGAGGAAAGCAUCACAACGAAUAUCCUCUCCUUAUUUUCUCACCUGGAUACGAGCGCACGAGGCUCUUGUACGGAGCUCUUGCCCAGGCAGUUGCUAAGGCUGGGUAUGUGGUAGUUACAAUCGAUCAUCCAUAUGAUGCAGAUAUCAUACAGUAUCCAAAUGGGGAAGUCAUUACAACUGAUCAUGAAACCAAUCUCACCGAUGCAGAACUUGUGGAGAUCCGGGUUGAGGACGUGUCUUUCGUCUUGAACCAGCUAAGCGACAAGAAGAUUGCAAGAAAACUUGUGCCGUAUGAUAUUGAUACGUCAAAGGUUGGCAUGUAUGGGCACUCUGCUGGAGGUGCAGCAGCAGCAAAUGCCUUAAUUUCUGAGCCUCGUCUCAUCGGUGGCCUCAACCUUGACGGAGACGUCACCGAACCUGUCACCCUCGUAGGAAAUGGCAAACCAUUCCUCCAGUUUGACCACGGAACUCAUACGCACUUUAACAGCGAGAGUCUAAGCCAGAUGUGGCCACUGCUCCGUGGUUGGCACGAGGAGUUAUCGUUUAAUGGUACAACGCACUCGACGUUUGGUGAUCUCGCGCUAUUGGUUAAUCUCUGGGGACAGGGGAAUUCGGGGAAUGAAAGUCAAGUUGUGAGCCAUCUUGAUGGGAAAAGGGUUACCGAAGUCCUACGGGUUGUUGUGACAGACUUUUUCAAGUUUUUGUUCACGGGGAAGGAGAGUAAGUUGCUUAAAUGCCAUAACGAGGGGUAUCCGGAGAUCACCUGUGCAAUAACAUGUACACCGAGCCCAGAGGUCGACUGUGUACCGGAAUGA